AUGCCUGUUGCCCUCCGCUUCCUCUGCCUACUCAGCCUGGCUGUUGGUGCUCUACACUGCACUCCCGUGCCUGACCAGGAGGGGGAGCUCUCAGAGCCCCAGCACACCGCCUGUCCCCCGGGCUGGUCCAGUUUCAACAACCGCUGCUUCAAGUACUUCGCCACUCAGCUGGACUGGGCCGAUGCAGAGUCCUACUGCGUGAACCAGGGAGCCAACCUGGUCUCUGUGAACAGCAAAGGGGAAUUCGGCUUCGUGAAAAACCUGAUCCAUGACUUGGACCCUGCUGAGCGCUAUACCUGGAUCGGGCUGAGUGACAUCCACAAGGAAGGGAGAUGGAUGUGGUCGGACGGCUCCAAGUUGGUCGACACGUUCUGGUCUCCAAAUGAGCCCAAUAAUGAAGAAGGAAGGGAGAACUGUGUUCACACUAAUAACGUAAAGGACAAGCUGUGGAACGACAUAUUCUGCUCCAACAAGUAUGCUUUUGUCUGCGCCACGCGUCCCGGCCUCUGAACCUCUGAGUCUUUAGUUCAAAGAUGCCUUGGUUUACAUAAAUAAAGAAAAACCUUUCAUUGAAAUCUCCUUGUUGGUCCUUUAUCUGAUUCAACUUGUGUUUUAUUCUCCAGCCCUGGUUAGAAUGACAAGUAGUCAGUGGUGGAAAAAGUACCCAAUUGUCAUACUUGAGUAAAAGUAAAAGAGACCUUAAUAGAAAGUUACUCAAGUAAAAGUGAAAGUCACCCUGUAAAAUACUACUUGAGUAAAAGUCUAAAAGUAUUUGGUUUUAAAUAUACUUAAGUAUCAAAAGUACACGUAAUUGCUAAAAUAUAAUUAAGUAUCAAAAGUAGAAGUAAAAAUAUAAAUAUUUUCAAAUUCCUUACAUUAAGCAAUGUGAUUGGAGGUGGUUUUGAAGGAGUCAGGCGCAAGAGGGGUCAAUAACAGCCGAUUUAUUUCUGAACUCCAGUAACUGCGAUAGGCCUGUAUUCACAAAGGAAGACUGUUUGACAUGUCCCCCUUCUUCCAGUAACUAUUAUUCCCAAAGGGGACUGGUUUGACAUGUCCCCUUCCCUCCAGUAACUGAGAUAUGGGCCUGUAUUCCCAAAGAAGGACUGGUUUGACAUUCCCCCUAUCCAGUAACUGAGAUAUGGGCUGUAUUCCCAAGAAGGACUGGUUUGACAUGUCCCCCUGCCCUCCAUAACUGAGAUAUGGGCCUGUAUUCCAAAGGAAGGACUGGUUUGACAUGGCCCCCUGCCCUCCUCUGAGAUAUGGACCUGUAUUCCCAAGGAGACUGGUUUGACAUGUCCCCUGCCCUCCAGUACUGCGAUAUGGGCCUGUAUUCUGAAGUACUGAUUCCUGUAUUCCAAAGGAAGGACUGGUUUGACAUGUCCCCUCCACUCCACGUAACUGGGAGCUUGGGCCUGUAUUCACAAAGGAAGACUGUUUUGACAUGUCCCCUCCUGCCCUCCACCUACUGAGAUAUGGACCUUAUUCCAAAGAAGACUGGUUUGACAUGUACCCAAACCUUUUCCAGUAACUGAAUAUGGCCCUGUAUUCACUAAGGAAGGACUGGUUUACAUGUCCCCCAUCUCCUAACUGAGAUAUGGACCUGUAUUCCCAAGGAGGACUGUUUGACAAAUGUCCCCCUGCCCUCCAGUACUGAGAUAUGGCCUGUAAUUCCCAAAAGUACUGGUUUGACAUGUCCCCCUUUCCAUAACUGAGUUGGAGUAAUUCCCAAAGGAGGACUGGUUUGACUGUCCCCUCUUAGUAACUGAGAUAUGGCUGUAUCCCAAAGGAGGACUGUUGAAUGUCCCCCUAAUUUUCAGUAACGCGAUAUGGACUGUAUUCACAAAGGAAGGACUGUUUGACAUGUCCCCCCUAUCUUCCAGUAACUGAGAUAUGGACCUGUAUUCCCAAAGGAAGGACUGGUUUGACAUGUCCCCCUGCCCUCCAGUAACUGAGAUAUGGGCCUGUAUUCCCAAAGGAAGGACUGGUUUGACAUGUCCCCCCUAUCUUCCAGUAACUGAGAUAUGGGCCUGUAUUCACAAAGGAAGGACUGGUUUGACAUGUCCCCCUGCCCUCCAGUAACUGAGAUAUGGGCCUGUAUUCCCAAAGGAAGGACUGGUUUGACAUGUCCCCCUGCCCUCCAGUAACUGAGAUAUGGGCCUGUAUUCCCAAAGGAAGGACUGGUUUGACAUGUCCCCCCUAUCUUCCAGUAACUGAGAUAUGGGCCUGUAUUCACAAAGGAAGGACUGGUUUGACAUGUCCCCCUGCCCUCCAGUAACUGCGAUAUGGGCCUGUAUUCCCAAAGGAAGGACUGGUUUGACAUGUCCCCCUGCCCUCCAGUAACUGAGAUAUGGGCCUGUAUUCCCAAAGGAAGGACUGGUUUGACAUGUCCCCCCUAUCUUCCAGUAACUGAGAUAUGGACCUGUAUUCCCAAAGGAAGGACUGGUUUGACAUGUCCCCCUGCCCUCCAGUAACUGCGAUAUGGGCCUGUAUUCCCAAAGGAAGGACUGGUUUGACAUGUCCCCCCUAUCUUCCAGUAACUGAGAUAUGGGCCUGUAUUCACAAAGGAAGGACUGGUUUGACAUGUCCCCCCUAUCUUCCAGUAACUGAGAUAUGGGCCUGUAUUCCCAAAGGAAGGACUGGUUUGACAUGUCCCCCCUAUCUUCCAGUAACUGAGAUAUGGGCCUGUAUUCCCAAAGGAAGGACUGGUUUGACAUGUCCCCCCUGCCCUCCAGUAACUGCGAUAUGGGCCUGUAUUCACAAAGGAAGGACUGGUUUGACAUGUCCCCCUGCCCUCCAGUAACUGAGAUAUGGGCCUGUAUUCACAAAGGAAGGACUGGUUUGACAUGUCCCCCCUAUCUUCCAGUAACUGCGAUAUGGGCCUGUAUUCCCAAAGGAAGGACUACUGAACUAAGAGUUUUGAUCCUUGAUCAGUGCUUUUACUCUGAGACGCUUCGUGAACACUGGCCCUGGGGCCUAACUAAAGAUAAUAUGGGAAGACCACAGCUGCAGAUUUUAUAUAACUACUGGGUUACGUGGCACGGUCGCAGUACCACCUUAUCUGGAAAAAUGCUGCUUAUGGAAAAUAUCGAAUUGACAAUCUACCAAUGGCCUCAAUGCCAACUCCUCCUCCCCACCCUCUCAACGUGAGAUAAAAGGACCCACUGCAGCCCACAUAUCCUCCUACCUAGCUAUCCCAGCACACAGGAGCAGACCUGCAGACCAGACCCCAGGACCCUAGAGCCAUUCUCCUGCCUACUUCAGUGACUCUUCACCAGAACAGAAACCUCUUCACCAUGCCUGUUGCCCUCCGCUUCCUCUGCCUACUCAGCCUGGCUGUUGGUGCUCUACACUGCACUCCCGUGCCUGACCAGGAGGGGGAGCUCUCAGAGCCCCAGCACACCGCCUGUCCCCCGGGCUGGUCCAGUUUCAACAACCGCUGCUUCAAGUACUUCGCCACUCAGCUGGACUGGGCCGAUGCAGAGUCCUACUGCGUGAACCAGGGAGCCAACCUGGUCUCUGUGAACAGCAAAGGGGAAUUCGACUUCGUGAAAAACCUGAUCCAUGGCUUCGACCCUGCUGAGAGCUUUACCUGGAUCGGGCUGAGUGACCUCCACAAGGAAGGGAGAUGGAUGUGGUCGGACGGCUCCAAGUUGGUCGACACGUUCUGGUCUCCAAAGGAGCCCACUAAUGGAGAUGGAAUGGAGAACUGUGUUCACACUAAUAACUUAAAGGAGAAGCUGUGGAACGACGUAUUCUGCUCCAGAAAGUAUGCUUUUGUCUGCGCCACGCGUCCCGGCCUCUGAACCUCUGAGUCUUUAGUUCAAAGAUGCCUUGGUUUACAUAAAUAAAGAAAAACCUUUCAUUGAAAUCUCCUUGUUGGUCCUUUAUCUGAUUCAACUUGUGUUUUAUUCUCCAGCCCUGGUUAGAAUGACAAGUAGUCAGGGGUGGAAAAAGUACCCAAUUGUCAUACUUGAGUAAAAGUAUAGAGACCUUAAUAGAAAGUUACUCAAGUAAAAGUGAAAGUCACCCUGUAAAAUACUACUUGAGUAAAAGUCUAAAAGUAUUUGGUUUUAAAUAUACUUAAGUAUCAAAAGUACACGUAAUUGCUAAAAUAUAAUGAAGUAUCAAAAGUAGAAGUAAAAAUAUAAAUAUUUUCAAAUUCCUUACAUUAAGCAAAUGUGAUGAGGUGGUUUUGAAGGAGUCAGGCGCAAGACGGUAAAUAACAGGAUUUAUUUCUGAACCACAGAGUUACGCAGUAAUAUGUAAAAACACUCCAGUGCACAAAACAGGCACACUGGAAAAUACAAGACACACGGGGAAUAUUCCCAGCGAUACAAAAUACACGGAGCUCCACCGAGCUUCUCUCUCCUCCACAAUAAACAAUCACACACAAAGACCAGGGGGCAGAGGGAACACUUAUACAGGUACUGAUGAGGGGAUAUGAACCAGGUGUGUGUAAUAAACAAGACAAAACAAAUGGAAUGAUGAGAUGAGGAGCGGCAGUGGCUAGAAGGCCGGUGACGACGAACGCCGAAGCCUGCCUCGAACCAGGAGAGGAGGCAGCCUGUUUUUUUUUUCAUUAAUAGAGCCAGGGACACACUCCAACACUCAGACAUUAUUUACAAAAGAUGCAUUUGUGUUUAGUGAGUCCGCCAGAUCAGAGGCAGUAGGGAUGACCAGGGAUGAUCUCUUGAUAAGUGCAUGAAUUUCACAAUUUCCUGUCCUGCUAAGCAUUCAAAAUGUAACGAGUACUUUGGGUUGUCAGGGAAAAUGUAUGGAGUAAAAAGUACAUUAUUUCCUUUAGGAAUAUAGUGAAGUUAAAAGUAAAAGUUGUCAAAAAUAGGGUUCAACAACCGCUGCUUCAAGUACUUCGCCUCUCAGCUGGACUGGGCCGAUGCAGAGUCCUACUGCGUGACCCAGGGAGCCAACCUGGCCUCUGUGAACAGCAAAGGGGAAUUCGGCUUCGUGAAAAAACCUGAUCCAUGGCUUCGACCCUGCUGAGAGCAAUACCUGGAUCGGGCUGAGUGACCUCCACAAGGAAGGGAGAUGGAUGUGGUCGGACGGCUCCAAGGUGGUCUACACGUUCUGGUCUCCAAAUGAGCCCAAUAAUCUAAGUGGAAGUGAGAACUGUGUUCACACUAAUAACUUAAAGGAGAAGCUGUGGAACGACACGCUCUGCUCCAACAAGUAUGCUUUUGUCUGCGCCACGCGUCCCGGCCUCUGA